AUGUCAAAUCCACCAUCCAUUCCAGUAUUAAUUACACCAGAUAUGUAUCCUCAUGGUAAACAUUCAAGUACUGGAUUAACAGGUUCUCACCAUAAUAAAGGAAAAGGAAAAGGAAAAGGAAAAAUAAUGGGAAAAGGUUUUAAACAUAAAAGAGGUUUAAGUUUUAAACAUAAUCCAAUCUCAAAAGGAAUUAAAAAAAUUUUCAAAUAA